AAAAAAAAAAAAAAAAUAGAGCGUGUGAGCAAAAUCAUAAAAAAAAAAAAGUUAAAAUGUCUUUCUCUUUUUUCCUUUCUUUCUUUCAUUCCGUAACUAGAUUUUUUUUUCCUGUUAUCAGUUUACUUCCAUUCCUUCAAAUCAUCCGUUCUUACUCGACAAUCCUCUUCUUUACGUAUCAUUCAAUGCACACAGAUUUAUCAUGAGUGAUCUUUCUUGGUGUCCAUCUUGUGAUAAUGCAAUAAGUCCUUUCUCGGACUCCCUUUACUGCAGUGAAGAAUGUCUACGAGACGAUGCUAUUCGACGCCAUCCUUUACUUGGUUACAACUAUCCCGAACUGUCAGAUUUCCCUCGUCCGCUCUCCAAACGCCCUUCUUUCAAUUCUAUCUAUUCAUCAUGUUCAAAUAAUGAGUCAUCAACAACGACAACAACAGUAGUAACUCAAUUAACAUCUUCUUCUUCUUCUAUUCAUUCCAAUCGCUCUUCGAUUCCUUCACUUGUAAAAUCUUGUAUUUCUUAAACACUCAAAUACCAAAAGUUAGAAAAAAAAAGCAUUUUUAAUCCCUUCCCCACUCAACAGUCCAUCCAUUUUAAUAUAUAUGAUUUUUUUUUAUGACAACAUACCCCCCUUAUGAUUCUUUUUACCUUUAUAUCUAUAUAUACAUAUAUCUUUUGAUCCAAUACAAUAAAAACAAGUAGAUUUAUGAUAUUAAUAAAUAAAAUCUCUCCUUUUUUUUUUCUGGAUCGGUUUUCC